AUGAUUACUUCUUCCACAAGGUCAAUUCGGCAGCGCAUGCCUACAGCCGCUGUAAUUCUCCGGUCAUGUCCUUACCGCACAUCACAACGAUAUAUGUCGCAAUGGAAAGGACCUAGACAAUCGCAACGGACAUACAGAUAUACAGGGACUGGCCUGCUAUCAAGACGGAGCAUACACUCUGAAAAGGUAACGGAUGAUGAAAUUGCGACUCUUGCCCGGCUUCAUCAACAUCCAUUGUGUCUUGCGGAUCUUGUGAGACACGGCCGACCACCUCUAUCAUCGGAAUCUCUUCUUUCUUCCGCCAACUUCGCACUCUCCCUCCUUCCAGUGCGCCUCGCCCACCGUAUCCAAGCUUUGCGCAACCUCCCAUACAUCGUCGUUUCGAACCCAAACAUCUCCCGUAUAUACAACAACUACCUUCAUUCUUUAUCCAUCCUCCUUCCAUACUGGCACGCAACCCGGGAAGGACGAGCGAUCUCCACACUCGAGGAUGAAGUACACUUCACUAAUGUCCUUGCCGAGCUCGUGGCGACGCAUACGGAUACGAUCCCCAUUCUCGCAAAGGGCUUCCUCGAAUGCCGACGAUACAUAUCUCCUGAGGAGGUAACGCGGUUCCUCGAUCAACAUCUUCGCGCUCGAAUUGGUACACGACUUAUUGCAGAACAGCACAUUGCAUUGCAUUUUAGUUCACAGCCACAUUUUGAUCCUAGUGCCAGUCCGACACCAUGCCCUGAGCAUCCCUCCUACAUUGGAGUCAUUGACACAGCUCUUCGUCCAGCACAAAUUGUAGAAUCAUGCGCUGGAUUCGUUGCCGAUAUCUGCGAGCUCCGUUACGGUGUGCGACCACUCCUAUACAUUCGCGGCGAACCGGAUACGACGUUUGCAUUCGUGCCUAUGCAUCUCGAGUACAUCGUCACCGAACUUCUCAAAAACGCCUUCCGCGCAACUAUUGAGAACAAGUCCAACGAGCCAGUAAUAGUCACUAUCGCCCCAGAGCCUGCUCUACCUAGAGACCCUUCAACAUCCGCCUCAGGCUCAUCUGCUGAAGACCGGAAUGGCGUGCCCUCAACAGACAACGGAAGCAAGAACAACGACGCCAUAGUUCCCUUGGAUGACAACGCUCCGGGUGUUACAAUCCGUAUCCGAGAUCGUGGUGGUGGUAUUCCACCAGAGGUCAGCCCUAAUGUCUGGUCAUACUCGUUCACCACUUUCUCUGACGAUGUCGACGACUUCCCUGGAGAUGCAAAUGGCAAUGAUGGUGGACUCAGCGCUAUAUCUACCGCCAGCACUGGUGGUAGCUCCAUCGCCGGCCUAGGUUACGGAUUGCCAUUGAGCAGAGCCUAUGCGGAGUACUUUGGCGGAGGGAUUGCGGUGCAGAGCCUGUACGGAUGGGGAACAGAUGUGUACCUACGUUUGAAGGGCGUGGGCAACUUGGACAAGCAGCAGUAG